AUUCUUCAAGUCUUUCGACUUUCAUGAGUCUGUCUUUCUUCCUCCUCGAAAGUUCCAUUUCAACCAUUCAUUCACCCACGGAAAAAGACACUGUAGUGAAGCCUUUGUGAUACUGCUUUCCUAUGCCUGGAGGAUGAGGGUAUUGAAGCCCCAGCUCGGGUGGUCCAGUUCACUGGUUUAAUUUCCUCCUCUUGUGGGAUACUUGUGUGUUGUGUACAAGUCAAAAAUGUGUGUUUUCUAACUCAUUCUACCAAAUUACACCAAAAUAUAGCCUUUUUCUCUUAACUUGCAAGGGAUUAUCAAAGAUUAGAGAACAUUAGAGAUCAUCAAAAUGAGCAGUCUUUUGUUUGUUCAAUUUUAUGUUUGCUUUUGUUGUUUAUUAUCGAAAACCUCUGCUUUAACUGAUACUAUCACUCCAACCUUAUCUCUUAGUGACGGCAAGACCUUAGUUUCAAAACAUGGAAAAUUUGAACUGGGUUUUUUCAGUCCAGGCAGUUCCAAGAACCGGUACUUGGGAAUUUGGUACAAGAAUAUCCGAGUUACAACUGUUGUUUGGGUGGCCAACAGAGAAAGACCAAUUAAAGAUCUCUCCGGCACAUUCAUGGUCAACAGCUCGGGCAAUCUUCUUCUUGUCAAUAGCCCUAAUGGUGUUGUUUGGUCAUCAAAUUCAUCGGGACAAGUCCAGAAUCCAGUCACACAGCUUUUAGAUUCUGGAAAUCUUGUCAUUAAAGAAGAGAAAGAUGUAAAUUCAGAAGCAUAUGUGUGGCAGAGCUUUGAUUAUCCAUGUGAUACAUUGUUACCAGGUAUGAAGCUUGGAUGGGACUUAAAGGUUGGUCUGAACAGGCGGCUAUCUUCAUGGAAGAAUUCCGAAGACCCUUCACCUGGAGACCUAACUUUAGGCAUAGAACUUCAUGAAUAUCCUGAGGGAGUCAUCCGGAAGGGCUCAACAAAGUACUUUCGAACUGGCCCCUGGAAUGGCAUUCGAAUUAGUGGCACACCUAACUUAAAGUCCAAUUCCUUGUAUUCAUUAAAUUUUAUCUCUAAUGAGGAGGAGGUGUACUACACCUAUCAGUUCUAUAAUGAAUCUAUAAUCGGAAGCCUUGUUUUGAACCAAACCACCUCCUUGGUGGAGCGCCAUAUAUGGUUGGAAGCUGAACAGAUCUGGAAGACUGUUUCAUCAAGACCGCAAGACUAUUGUGACGAUUAUGGUGCUUGUGGCGCCAACGGAUUAUGCAACAUCCUUGCCACACCUGUUUGCCAAUGUUUGAUAGGAUUCAAGCCAAAAUCACCGGACAGAUGGAAGUCGAUUGACACGUCACAGGGAUGCAUACGCAAUAAGCCUUUGGACUGCAAAAGUACGGAAGGCUUUAAUAAAUUUGUAAACUUAAAAUUGCCAGAUACUACUAAUAGUUGGUUCCCCACUGACGGAGGCGAUCUAUAUAUAAGAAUGUCUGCUUCAAGCUUAGAAGGGACAAAGAAUGGGACUACAGGGAAGUCGGAUCCUGGAGAGGCAAAAGAUGGUACCAAAUGGAUCAUACCAGUUACUGUUGUAGUCCCCAUUGCAGUAAUUUCUGGGAUAAUUCUUGUCAUCUAUUACAAUUGGAAGGGCAGGACAACAACAAAAG